CGCUGGGCAGGGCUGAGGCCCAGGAUGCCCAGACUGCUGCUGGCCGCCGCUGCCCUGCUCCUCUCCGGCUGGGCCCCGCUGCCGGCCGAGGCCAGCUCCUGGUGGUCGUUAGCUCUGAACCCAGUGCAGAGACCCGAGAUGUUUAUCAUCGGUGCCCAGCCUGUGUGCAGUCAGCUUCCGGGGCUCUCUCCCGGCCAGAGGAAACUGUGCCAACUGUACCAGGAGCACAUGGCCUACAUAGGGGAGGGCGCCAAGACGGGCAUCAAGGAGUGCCAGUACCAAUUCCGGCAGAGGCGGUGGAACUGCAGCACGGUAGACGACACAUCUGUCUUCGGGAGAGUCAUGCAGAUAGGCAGCCGGGAGACGGCCUUCGCCUACGCCGUGAGCGCGGCCGGGGUGGUCCACGCCGUCAGCCGCGCGUGCCGCGAGGGCGAGCUGUCCACGUGCGGCUGCAGCCGGGCCGCGCGGCCCCGGGACCUGCCCCGGGACUGGCUGUGGGGCGGCUGCGGCGACAACGUCGAGUACGGCUACCGCUUCGCCAAGGAGUUCGUGGACGCCCGCGAGCGGGAGAAGAACUUCGCCAGAGGGUCCGAGGAGCAGGGCCGCGUGCUCAUGAACCUGCAGAACAACGAGGCGGGCCGCAGGGCUGUGUACAAGAUGGCAGACGUGGCCUGCAAGUGCCACGGUGUCUCGGGGUCCUGCAGCCUCAAGACCUGCUGGCUGCAGCUGGCCGAGUUCCGCAAGGUGGGCGACCAGCUGAAGGAGAAGUACGACAGCGCGGCGGCCAUGCGCGUCACCCGCAAGGGCAAGCUGGAGCUGGUCAACAGCCGCUUCAACCCGCCCACCCCGGAGGACCUGGUCUACGUGGACCCCAGCCCCGACUACUGCCUGCGCAAUGAGACCACCGGCUCCCUGGGCACCCAGGGCCGCCUGUGCAACAAGACCUCGGAGGGCAUGGACGGCUGCGAGCUCAUGUGCUGCGGCCGCGGCUACGACCAGUUCAAGAGCACGCAGGUGGAGCGCUGCCACUGCAAGUUCCACUGGUGCUGCUACGUCAAGUGCAGGAAGUGCACCGAGGUCGUCGACCAGUACGUCUGCAAGUAG